AUGCUUCGUUCACCAAAUAAUCGUUUUAAUUAUCGUCAAACACCAUCGAGUAUUGGGAAUUAUAAUGCAUUAAAUGAACUCGUAAUGAAAUCAUCAAGUCCUCGAACAUCAGGUCAUUCACUAAUGACACAAAAUGAUAAAUGGAAUGAUGACAAUCGAACAUUACGAAAAUUACUUGUUGAUCAACCAUUAAAUCCUUCUCAAUCUCGAUCACAAACAUUAGAGAAAUUACUUGGUGAUCAACCAUUAAAUCCUUCUCAAUCUCUAUCACGAUCAUCAAAUGUUGCCUCAUUAAAAUCAAUAAUUAUCGAAGGACAAUGGAAAUAUCGAGGACAUGACGACGAUCGUCUUCGACUUAAAACAAUGGGUAUUGAAAAUUUAGUUGCUAUUUGUCAUGAUAUUAUGAACGUAACAUUUAAAUCAACUAGUGAAGAACAAAAAAAACGAAGAAAAUCUCUAUCAACAAAUUUUCGAUGGCCAAUAGUAAAACUUGAUGAAUUUAACAAAUUAACUAAAGUUGAUAAGGCAUCUUUAAAUCGUGCUCGUCUGCUUAAUCUUAUGACAAUUGUGUAUGAAGCUACCACAACAAAUACUUCAAGAUCUCAACUUGUUCGUAUUUGGCGUGAAGCUUCUCGUCCUUCCAAAUCAUCUCAAUCUCAACUUCAACCAUUAAUAUCUUAUGAACAGGCUUUUCGACAUUUAAUUCGUAAACCUAAUAAUCACUUACUUGAAAUAGCACUGCAUGCUUCUUUAAUAAGUACUCAUAAUCAAUCUGAUUUACAACGAUUAGGUGAAAAAUUAGGUGUUAAAAGAAAUCAGUUUGAUAUGGAUUCAAUUCGACAUUCAACAAAAGCUUUUCAAAAUCUAAUUAAAUUAUUACGUGAACUAAAUUUAAAACAAAAACAAGAACUAAAAAAUAUUGAUACAAAGAGACUACCAUAUAAACCAAAAAAGAAACAAGAUCUAUAUGCAAAUGUUGCGGGUACAAGAUUCCGUCUAAUUCGUCAAGCUGUUGAAACGUCGGGUUUUUCCAUAAGUCCAGAUCAUGAUUUUACUUGCAAUCUUUUGUGGAACGAUUCAUUAAUUUCUAUUGAUAUUGUAUCAGCACUUAAACCUUAUCAAAAAGUAAAUCAUUUUCCAACAAUGAAUGAAAUAUCACGUAAAGAUCUAUUAGCUGCAAAUUAUGACAGAUUAUCAAAUUUUGCUCCUAAGGAAUAUAAUUUUGCUCCGAAAACAUGGAUAUUACCAAAGGAAUAUAAUUUAUGGUAUUCAUAUGCAUCGAAUGAACCAAAAAAAGAUCCAACUAUUUACAUUGUGAAACCAAUUAAUGCAGCAAUGGGACAAGGAAUUUCAAUCUGUUGUGAUUAUAAACGGAUUCAAUCCAUGGAUAAUUACAUCAUUCAAGAAUACAUACGAGAACCUUAUUUAAUAGAGGGUUUUAAAUUUGAUAUUCGCAUCUAUGCUUUAAUAACUUCCUGUGAUCCACUACGUGUAUUCAUAUUUAAUAAUGGUCUUGUUCGUAUUAGUUCGAAAAAAUAUAAAAUACCUAAUUCGAAAAACGCAUUUAAUCUUUCUAUGCAUUUAACAAAUUAUUUAAUCGAUGAAAAUGAUAUGGAUGAUGAUUUCGAUACAGAUAAUGGAAAAAUCCAUUCACUGGAAUUUUUAUUUGAAUAUUUAAAAAAACAAAACCAAGAUGUCAAUAAAUUAUGGAAAGAAAUACAAAAUAUUGUAAUAAAAACAAUAUUUCUUGCUGAACCGCAUAUAUUAACAACUUAUCGAAUGUGUCGUCCAGGAAUAUUACCAACAAGUGAAAGUGUUUGUUUUGAAUUACUUGGUUUUGAUAUAUUAAUUGAUAAAAAAUUAAAACCAUGGGUCAUUGAGGUUAAUCGUUGUCCAAGUUUUGAUGUUAACCGACAAAUUGAAUUUGAUAUUAAAAUUAAAUUAUUAUAUGAAACAUUUGAUUUACUUCGUUUUCGAGUAUCUGAUCGAAAGAAAAGUAUUGCUAUUGAAAAAAUUGAAGCACAACGUCGAUUGUAUUCAAAUAUAGGAAAAGAUAAAAAUGAUCAAACUAAUGAAUUAAAUAAAAUGAAAGAAAUUUUAUAUCUUUUUCGACGAGAAAAAGAACGUGAAAAUUUUGAAAAUCGUCAUUCAGGUGGUUUUGUACGUUUGUUUCCAGUUAAUGAUCAAAAUCGAAUGAAUGAACUAAUGAAUAUUUUAACAAAAUGUUUUCAAGUUUUAUAUACAAAUAAAAAUGAUUCAUCAUGGACUAUGAAAUAUUAUCAUCAAUAUGAUGAAGAAGAAAUAUUAAAUAUGAUAACUCGAUUAGAAGAUAUUUAUCAAAAAGAUCAAAAAGAAAGUUCAAGAUUAACUUAUGCAUCCAAUAGUAGCCUUGAAUUAAAUCGUUUAUCAUCUUCGACUAGUUUUAUAUUUGAAGUAAGUGAUGACGAAAAUGAACUUCGAUCAGAUUCAUCACGUUCUGAUAAAAUUAAAAAAUCUCCAUCAUCAACAAGUGACUCAUUUAUGAAAAGAGUAUCAACACAAACAUCAUCAAAUAUUCUUCGAUCAAGCUCAUUAUCACCAUUAAAUAUUCCAAAACAACAAUCAAACGCAUUUGUUUUAACAGGUGAUAUUAGUCGACCACGAACAGCAUCAGAUAAAAUGCCACCAGGUGUAUCGGCUCAACGUAUAACAGAAAAAAAGGCUUAUUCUACAUUACCAACAUCAUCAAAAAAUAUUGAUCAACAACGAUCGAACUCACCAAGAAAUACUGAUCAACAACGAUCGCACUCACUAAAAACUACAAAAACUCAUUAUGAUAAGUCUCAAAUGGUUACAUAUUCAUCUAUUGUACAAGCAACUCGACAACAACAAUUAAAUAAUCAAUCGAUAGCAGCUGAUAUUACAAAAGAACUUCAAUUAACAGAUAAUGAUUUAAAUCGUCUAUAUCAAUUAAUACUUGAUCAAAUGAAUAAAUUAUGUAUUCAUUAUCCAAAUAAAUCAAAUAAACAAACAUAUCGAAUUUGUAAUGAGAUAAUUGAAAACUGGAAUAGCUAUAAAUCCGACAUCGGUCGAUAUUGGUUAGUUGAAUUCGAUGCAAAUAAAAGACAAUCAAUUAUAGAUAUUGUUUGGAAUAAUGUACAACAAAUAAUUAAAAAAGUAUGCAUUCUUGAUGAACUUGUUCAACAAUUACCACUAAAUCGUCAUUUAAUGAAAUUACAACGACGUUUAUUAGCUAAUCAUGGACAAUGUUUAUGGGACGCAUGUCAAAAUAAACAUAAUUCAUGGGAAUCAUUAUUUGUGAAAAGUACAAAUCAUUUGACGAACAUUGAAUUAGAUUGUUGUUAUCGUUUUGUUGAUUUGUGUAGAGAAGCUUUAUUUAUUGUUUAUCGAUAUUCAAUUGAUGAAAAAAUUUAUCAACAAAAACAAAUUGAUCAAGGAUUAACAGUAAUGAUUAAAUCUUAA